AUGGGUUACACUCUUUACGACGGAACCAUCGUGGUAGUCCAAGGCAUCCUCAGCUCCCUAUCCCACAUCCUCCACCAAGCCGAGCAACGCCCCGAUGCUAGCACUCUGCUUGAGGCCCGUUUAUACGAGGACAUGUACCCAUUGACCGAUCAACUCCGCCUCGCAACCCAGUUCUCAGAGAAUCUGGUCGCAAGACUCACGGGUCGGGAGCCGGUGACUUUUGAAGGCAGUCCCACAACAUUUGCCAAAUGUUUCGAGCGUAUUGAGACGGUGCUGAAAGUGCUCAGUGAGGCCGACAAGAUCGUCGUCAACCAACACGGCGACAUAUCUGGGAUGACUAAGAUGGGCCUAGAGAACUCGGUUGAUAUGAGCGGCGCUACGUAUGCCCAUAGCAUUGCCUUGCCGAAUAUCUACUUUCACCUUGCUACCGCGUAUGGAAUUCUACGAAAGGAGGGGUUGCCGCUGGGUAAGCGGGACUAUUAUGUCGGCUUCUUUCCUCAAAAACUCGCUGGAAGUCAGUAG